AUGGAUGCAGCCGCGAGACCGUUACCGCCGGAAGGAGACGAGGAAACUCUCCCGAGAUGCUCCGGACGCAAGAGACGGGCUAUGCAGCAGAGACCCCUGAAGCAGUCCUUGAGCAGCUCGCUGUGCAGGGAGACUCACUGGAAAUGCCUGGUCCUGACCCUCCUGAUGUACAGCUGCUUUGGCGUGGUGACCUGGUGCCACCUGUCCAAGGUGACCAGGCUGGCCUUCAACAAGCCCUACGGCCGUGAGUCGAUGAUCUAUCACGAGAGCCCGUGCUCCAGCGGCUACGUCUACAUCCCGCUGGCCUUCCUCAUGAUGCUGUACGUGGUCUACCUGGUGGAGUGCUGGCACUGCUAUGGCAAGAGCGAGAUGCAGCACAAGGUGGACGUCAACAGCGUGUACGAGAGAGUGCAGCGCCUCCAGCAGGCCACCCCCUGCAUCUGGUGGAAGGCCAUCAGCUACCACUAUAUCCGGCGGACCCGCCAGGUCACCCGCUACCGCAACGGCGACGCCUACACCACCACGCAGGUCUACCACGAGCGGGUCAACACCCACCUGGCCGAGUCGGAAUUCGACUACUCGCGGCACGGAGUCCGGGACGUCUCCAAGGAGCUGCUGGGCCUCGGCGACUACCCGGCGACCAAGCUCCGCUUCACCAAGUGCUUCAGCUUUGCCAGCGCCGAGUCCGAGACGGCCUACCUGACCCAGAGGGCCCGCUUCUUCAGCCAGAACGAGGGCCUCGAUGACUACAUGGAGGCCCGCGAAGGCAUGCACCUGAAGAACGUCGACUUCAAAGAGCACAUGCUGGCCUUCUCUGACCCCAAGAACCCUCCCUGGUACGUAUCCCGCUACGUCUUCUGGACGCUUUCCUUCCUGGUGCUGUCAUGGCCGCUCCGGGUGCUGGUGGAGUACCGCACGGCCAGCGUGCAUUACCACGUGGAGAAGCUCUUCGGCCUGGACGAGGGGCUGCUGGCCCUCACCCCCGAGGAGGCAGGUCCCUACGGCCAGCGGGUCACCCGGGUCAACACCAUUGACAUGACCGAGCUGGAGUGGCACAUCCGCUCCAACCAGCAGCUGGUGCCCAGCUACUCCGAGGCCAUGCUGAUGGAGGCUUCUUCCUCCGGAGGUGGCACCAGGCCUCGCCAUCCCUCCUCCGCCACCGCCCCCUACCCCCAGAGGUGCCAGCGCUGCCGCCGGACAGUCAGCAGCUCCUCGCUGCCAUCGGCCCGCGAGCCAUGUGCCCGCCUGCCCUUCAGCCGCAGCCGCCUCUCGCUGGGCCGGCUCCAGGGCCCAGGCCGGGCCUGCCUCUUCCGGAGCCUGAGCGGAGGGCGUUUUGUCGAGGCCCCGGGGAUGGGGGUCAGGGCGGACGACGAGGAAGACGAGGAGGAGGAACAGGAGGAGCCGCCCUCUUACCAGGACGCCAUCUACUUCCCGCGCCUCAUCGUGCAUGCGGGCAGCGGUUGCCAGGGGCACCAGCCCCGGCAACAGGAAGGCCCGGGUUCGGGGCCAGACACACCGUUGUGAACUUUCACCUCCCGACUGUUGUCAACUGAUCCGCAUCACACCCAUCCCUCAAAGGAAAAAAGUCCUUCGCCAUCGACAAACUAAUCCCGUCCUUUUCCCUCGACCGGUUCACGUCUCGCUACAGGAACAGCCAAAGGGGGUGAAACUGUCAAAACAAAACCAAAAACAAACUACGGUUUCUCACCGCCACUGGUGCCCCCUCCCCAUACAUAUGUUCUCACUCUCCAAGAUGGCGGCCGUUUUAGCUCAAGGGGAGCUCAUGGUCAAGGGAAGGUUCCCCCCUGUCCCCAUGCCCCCCUCCUGAAAAAGCCUCACAACUGAGUUCCAACUUCACUGAACCACUGGGCGUUGAGUCCUCUGGGAAGAGAUUCCAGUGUCGGGGGGUAGAGAAAGAGGGAUGGGAGCGGAGGGAGGGAUGUGGAAAAAAUGGAGUGGGGAGGGUGCAGUGUUGAGUUAUCAGAAGGCCUCCUCUCUCUCCCGCUCCUUCCCUCCUUCACCUGGGGAUCAAAGGCAAACCGGGUUCCAGUUCCCAGAUAGACAAGGGCCUGGGGCAAAUUGCACUUGGCCAUUUGGUGGACCCCCCCCCACCCACUUCCUGCCGUAUGCCCGGGUGACGCCAUCUUGGAGGGCACGCCUCAGCCCCACUCUCCCCCACCUCAGUCCCUUGAGAGGUGCCUGUCCCGGCCUUACUCAACGGAGGGAGACUCCAGGAGAGAAUUCCAAAGAUUAACCACCCUCUUCCCCCAGCACGUCAUUCCAAAACAAUUAGCCCCUUGUCCUGAAACUGUGCCCCUCCUCUGCUCCGUGCUGGGGGACACGAUGUCUUACCCUAAUCGAAAUGUUACACAUUUCCAUCUGACCACCUCCCAUUCCUCCACACACACACACACAUCCAGUCCGUUAUGUACCCAGGGAUCGCUCGGUUAAACUUCCAUAAGGCAGUUGUGCCCUUCCUUAAAUAAGGAGACGGGAACUGUGCACUUUCCACGGCCCUAUGUGACAGUAGCGAAUCUUCUCUAGUAUUAUGCGCGGAUUAUCCCGUCGUGACCGAAGGAUAAUGCUCGGUGUGGGUUCCCCACCUGCUUGCCGUGAUCAAGCCUUAACACCGUGAUGCGUGGUACGUGGGUGCCCAAUUCCCGAUUUUCCCAUUUACGGUCUGGUCUACUUUUCCGUUCCCCUCAGCCGCCCACUCACGGAACCCGCGGCUCCCCUCCCCCUCCUUGCUGCAGCCGCCAUUUUGUUUUGUGGUGGUGGUGGUGGCGUCGUUGAGCCUGCCUGACCCAUCAAGAGUUCCCCCUUCCCCGGGGGGAUGUAUUGACCAGUCCUUUGGUGGGUGGGGGGGGGGGUGG